GCUUGCGUCCCAGUUAGCAGAUCUCACAGUGCCUGGAUGAGGCUGACGCCUCUCCUUGUCCUUCGGCCAUGAGCGCUGCAGGCUGUUGGAGCUCGGAAACGUAGCCGUUCCUCGAUGCACGGGGCAGCGGCAGCAGCUGUCAUGUGAAUCAGCUGGACGAACAAGGAAGGAGACAAACCACAGAACGAUCCACAAGUCUGUUAAUUUGAGGUUGUAGCAGGUGAGGUGGCAGGAUGGCGGGAGCAGGGGUAUCCAGCCCUGCAAACCCCACCUGCAAGAUUAUGACCUUCAGGCCCACGAUGGAAGAAUUUGAAGACUUUAACAAGUACCUGGUCUAUAUGGAGUCCCAGGGUGCACAUCGGGCCGGCUUGGCUAAGGUCAUUCCUCCUAAAGGGUGGAAACCUCGGCGUACGUAUGACGAUAUUGACAACUUGAUGAUCGACGCUCCCAUCCAGCAGAUGGUGGCCGGCCAGUCGGGGCUUUUCACUCAAUACAACAUCCAGAAAAAGCCUCUGAGCGUGCAGGAGUUCAGACGGUUGGCUAACAGUGACAUGUACUGCACACCUCGCUACCUGAACUACGAAGACCUUGAGAGGAAAUACUGGAAGAACCUCACGUUUGUGUCGCCCAUAUAUGGUGCUGAUGUCAGUGGGAGUCUUUAUGAUGAGGAUGUGGAGGAGUGGAACAUUGGCCACCUGAACUCCAUCCUAGACGUCAUCGAAGAGGACUGCGGGGUUUCCAUACAGGGGGUCAACACUCCGUAUCUAUACUUUGGCAUGUGGAAGACCACCUUCUCCUGGCACACUGAAGAUAUGGACCUGUACAGCAUCAACUACCUUCAUUUUGGAGAGCCCAAGUCCUGGUAUGCCAUCCCUCCUGAACACGGGAAGAGACUGGAGCGUCUGGCUACAGGUUUCUUCCCAAACAGCUUCAAAGGAUGUGAGGCUUUUCUCCGUCACAAGAUGACUCUAAUCUCCCCGUCCAUCCUGAAGAAGUAUGGAAUUCCCUUUGAUAAGAUUACUCAGGAAGCUGGGGAGUUUAUGAUCACCUUCCCGUAUGGGUACCAUGCUGGAUUCAAUCAUGGCUUCAACUGUGCAGAAUCCACGAACUUUGCCACCGUGCGCUGGAUUGACUACGGCAAAGUGGCCACCCAGUGUACAUGUAGCAAGGACAUGGUCAAAAUAUCCAUGGAGCCCUUCGUAAAGCGCUUUCAGCCCGACCGGUACGCAGCAUGGAUGUUGGGGAAGGAUUCUGCCGUCAUUGACCACACCCUGGCCACUCCGGGUACAACACCAGAACUGCAGAGCUGGCUGCACCGGCGCCGGAAGGCCAAGUCUUCCAGCAAGGGCAGCAGCCACUCGCGCAUGCACUCCAAGCGCCUCAGGACCUCGGAAGAGCCAGUUGGACUCGAUGAGGGCUUAGCACUAAAGGGAAGCAAAAAAAAAGGUUCUGGUGGUCCGUCUGGGCCCAAAGUACGAAAAUCAGUUACUGGGGCAGCAUGCAAGAAGAAAGUAUCUGAGUCCAACCAAAGCCAGAAUAUAAACUCUGUGCAGCUCUCUGGUGCUUGCAGACAGAUGUGCGUUGUCAAAGUAAAUCGAGUUGAGAGUAAAGGUUUGGGCUUUUCCUUUAAGAGCGACGCACAGAACUCUGACUCGCCUGCUUCGCCGAUAAAUGACGAGGAAAAAAGAUCCCCGACAGAGAUUCCCGGCGUUCCCCAGUCCCUGUCAAGGUCAACAAGCCCGAUCCCCGAAAGUCAAAUAUCAAACCCUAAGGUCAUUCAAAUGCAGCCCGGAGCCAAAGAAAAGAGGAGUUUGUCCUCUGUGUCGCAAAAUUGCUUGGACUCUGUCAGAAUUCCUCCCCUAGAAGCCAACAACAUCAGUUUACCUUGCCACACGAAUAUUUCUACUGAAACCAUAACGGACUCGUUCCCCCUUCAAUCCCAGAUAAAUGGUUCCUCCUCUUUAAGCCAGUCUUUGAAUGCUGACAGCAACACGGACAUCCAGGAUCACAAUAACACUGUUAAAGCAGAGAAAAUACACACCCGUGUUGACCCCACAUGCAUUAAACAACACUCCACCACAGAAGCACUUUAUAAUCUUAAGAGUGAGCCAGCAGAGGGGGGUAGUUGCACAUCAAAUGCCUCUCUUGCUCCUUUGCAACACAACUGCAGGGCUGGGAAAAGAUCGGUCGAGGAAAACCUGUUCCCUCCCGUGCUCCAGCAGGCCGCAGUGGAUAUGCCUCGACUCACGCCGGAGCCAGAGGACAAGGCUGGAAUCUGCCCUUUGCCCCCGGUCUUAACCCAAGAAAUGCCCUCCCUCACCCCCGCCACAGACGAGGGCUUGGCUUUCCCAAAGCCAAGCGCGUCUAGCAACCAGGUGGCACCUGUGCUACAGAGGGAGACUCUGACCGAGCUGCCCGUCCAUUGUCACGCCGAAAACCAACGUGAAGGAGCCGAUGCAAAGCUGUCGGCAGAAGCAGGAAAACGUGCCAACCACGGAGAGGCAGGACACAGAGGAAACACGGCUCAUUGGAGUGCUAGUGGUUUGCAGGAAAAAACAUCUGCCGGUGUCCAUGAAACGCUAAUAAUUUCCCCCGUCACUCCAGCAAACCAUCCGGUGGAGAUGGAAAAGUGUCCCGCUGGACAUGGGGGUGCAGUCCACAGCCAACUGGCUCAAAGAACUGCAAGUCCAAGAGAACCACAUCCCAACUCGGAAGAAAAGAAUCAAGAUGACUCCAAAGACGCAGUUCAAAUGGGCGGCAGCGUCUCGAGUGACACGAACCAGAAGUUCUCAGCUCCUGUCCCUCCAUUACCUACCCAUAAUGCCAACCACACACUAUCGCAUCUCAGCCAGUUCACUACACACCCCUCCUCUGACUCUCCUUCUUCCUACAUGGAGGCUAAAACCUUCUCCAGUGGCAUCUGGAAAAACUUUAGCUCCCAGGAGCCUUCAGCUCUCAUCCAGGGUCUGAACCCAGAGCUCCCUUCGAAUUUUUCCCACGACCCACUAACAUACACCAUGUGGAGCGAACCUCUAUGUAAGCAGGUCACAGACCUGGAAGUCCCGGGACAAGACCUCUGUCGGUCCAAAAACCAGGAAGAUGGUGGUGUUGCUUUCACCUGGGCCCAACUGGAGCCCACUUCUCUCCUAUCUAUUGGUGCUAUUGAGCCCCUGGGGCUCUGUGAGGAGGACCAGCCUCAAAGAGGAGAGGCGAACAGGGCAGAAUCUUUGUCCAAAGGACGGGAACUUGGGGGACAAAGGGAGGUGGACGAGAGGAUGUACUCUGAGAUGCUGGUGUCACUGGGCACUGCAGCAGAGCAGGACACAGCCUCCGACAUGGAGGAGGGAACAUCUGAUGAAGAGGAGCAGCUAAGCAGCGGAAAGGAGAGCAGUAGCAGCUCGUCUGAGGAAGAGGAGGACUCAAGUGAAUGUGACGACUCAGGCCUGCAGCCUGGCGAGCAGUACCCCGCCCUCACAAAGAAGACCACUAAGAGCUGGCGCCACCCACUCAGGAAACCCACCGCCAGAGCUGUGCCCACUGCCGUCAAGCAACAGACCACCAGCGACGAGGAGCCCUCUGAAGCAAGCUUGGCAGAGGAAGAGGAGCAGGAACUGGAGCCGUGGGCAAAGCCUCUUGUUCACCUUUGGCAAAACCGAAAACCUUGCUUUGCAGCAGAGAAAGAAUACAAUGCUCAUGCCGCCAGCAUGCAGCCGUACUGCGCUGUCUGCACACUCUUUAUGCCCUAUUAUCAGGCUGAGGACAAGGCUAAGGAUUGUCAAUCCGCUUCAGCUGAGGACAGCCCCAGAUCUGUUUCUGCAGCAGAGAGCCCAGAACUCCCACCAGGAGAGAUGAGGAGGACCAAACCUCUGGUCCCAGAGAUCUGCUUUUCCUUCCGGGAGCAAAACUCUCCCCCAACCCCGACAAACCCGUUACUCCAGGAGGACGGCACCUCUCCUCUACUCUACUGCCAGAGCUGCUGCCUGCAAGUUCACGCCAGCUGCUACGGUGUCAUGGCAGAUGGCAUUCAUGAACAGUGGUUGUGUGAUCGCUGCGCGCAGGGAAGCUUCACAGCUGAGUGCUGUCUGUGUAACCUCAGAGGGGGGGCUCUGAAGAAAACCCAAAACGACAAAUGGGCCCAUGUGAUGUGUGCGGUAGCACUGCCAGAGGCGAGGUUCACCGAUGAAGUCCAGAAGAGUCCCAUUGACACCAGCAGGAUCCCCGUGCAGCGCUACAAGCUGAAGUGCAUCUACUGCCGGAAUCGCUGCACGGGGAAGCGGCAGGCUUGUAUCCAGUGUUCGUGCGGCCGGUGUCCCACCUCCUUUCACGUGACCUGUGCCCACGCUGCGGGCGUGGUCAUGGAGCCGGAUGACUGGCCUUAUGUGGUGUCAGUCACCUGCCACAGACACCAGUCGCGGAUUUCCUCAGCUAAACAGCGCGCCAACCAAGCUCCCAUCUCUCUGGGCCAGACUGUGAUCUCCAAGCACAAGAACCUGCGUUACUACAGCUCCAAAGUUACCCAGAUCAGUUCCCAGACCUUCUACGAGGUCAUGUUUGAUGACGGCUCCUUCUCCAAUGACACCUACCCCGAGGACAUUGUGAGUAGAGACUGUGUAAAUCGGGGUCCUCCAGAAGUGGGUGAAGCUGUUCAAGUAAAAUGGCCUGACGGACUUUUUUACGGUGCUAAAUAUCUGGGAUCCAACGUCUCUCACAUGUUCCAGGUGGAGUUUGAGGAUGGAUCUCAGGUGCUGGCCAAAAGAGAGGACGUCUAUACUUUAGAUGAAGACCUCCCUAAAAAGGUGAAGCGCAGACUUUCAACAGCCUCAAGCAUGCGCUUUCAAGAUGCCUUCUUCACCACACAGGGAGAGAGGAAACGACAGAGGACGCCAAAUUCACGCUUCCAGAAUGACUUUGUGGCCCUGCCGGGCCUCCGUACAACUGCCAAAAGCACAUGAGAGCAGCAGGGUUACAAAGAGGAAAAAAAACGAAAUGACGGCAGCAUUAAUGAGAAACAAACACACUGAAUUAGCAGUGGCUCUACAGUGAGGCGCUUGCGUUUCGACUGAGCCGGUGCUCGGGAUCUUCUUCCAUCCGAAGAGCGGAACCCACACAGCUUUGCUGUCAGAGAUGGGAGGAAGUGAUGUAAGGGAUGAUGUUGACUUUGCUUUGUGCUGCUGAUACGUUUGAUGGGACUGGUACAGAGUGAGUAACAGAGGGCGUCGCCGCCUCAGUUGCCUGGAGAUUUUUUACAUCCAUCAGGGAAAAGAGACGUGACUCAAAUGGUCAAGUCACCCAUUUUUUUUAUUUAACUUUUUUUUUUUUUUCCUCAGAAGUGAUCUUUUUCUAGGUAUCUAUGGUAGUUUAUUUUUCCUUGGGGGUGGUAUUGAGGGAUGUCUUCAGUUUAUUUGUUUUGUUUUGAUUUGACAUGUUCACGUGUGUUCCUCAUGAUCUCCUCGCAUGUUCAACACUGUCCUAUAACUGCUUCUGCCGGGCUGCGUCCAGCGACACUACACUGGCCUCCUCUCUGCAUCUUUUUUUGUCUUCAGUCUGGAACAACUCAAAUCUGCGACUGGUGUAAUUUUAUGACAUGAACACAGAAAAAAAAAAACAACAAAAAAUAGAUCUGUCUUAAUUUCUUCGGGAAAAUGCUUAGACAG